AAAAUCCGCUGGCUGUGUGUAUAUAAGGGAUCGACCUCACUCCACAGAGGCUACAGUCGUUGCAGUCAUGAUGGCUGCUCUUCGACAGCUCAUGCUUGUUUAUUUUCUGACAUGUAGCGGAAAGAAUGCGCAUGGAAGUAACAUCAUAAACGGUAAAGAAGUACCAGAGGGCUCAAGGCUGUACAUGGUCUCAGUGCAGAACAGUGAACCUCGCCACAUAUGUGGAGGAUUCCUCAUCAGUUAUGACUUUGCCGUCACUGCUGCCCACUGUCGGAAUCCUACAAGUGUUGUCGUAGGCACACGCGACCUCAAGGCUGCUGAUGCCAUGAGAUACACUGUAAAGACAUGCAAGCAUCCAAAUUAUGAGGAUGCUCGAAAAGGUGAUGACAUCAUGCUUCUCAAACUGGACAGAAAGGCUCAACAGAACAUUCAAGAACAAAUAAUUGGACUGUCAGAAUAUGAGAUACAAGAGAACACAGAGUGCAGUGUAGCUGGAUGGGGCUUUACAAAAAGUGGUGGUGAAGUUGUUGAUGUUCUACAUGAGGUCGAUGUGACUGUCAUUAAUACGGCUGCAUGUGUGAAUAAGUGGAAAAACUUUGGAUGUUGGCUUCCAAACAACAUCACCUGUGCAGGUGGAUUUAACACCAAAAAAGGAUUUUGUGGGGGUGAUUCUGGUGGUCCUCUCGUGUGCAACGGGGAAGCAGCUGGUGUUGUGUCUUUCAACUGUAAUAAUAAUUGUGACUACCCCAACUUACCCAACAUCUACACAGAUGUAUCAAAAUACAAGCCCUGGAUCGAUGAGAUUCUCAGCCAAAAUGACUGUUAAACAUAUGAUAGCAUGGCAUGCUAAUUUCUUUUAUUGCAGACGUAUUUCUGUGCUCGCUCUCAAUAUUGUUUGCAAAAUAAGGCUUUGUUUCUUGCUGUUUCACUUUAAUCUGAAAACAGUGUUUAGUCUUUUCUAUAAUUGGUGUUUGUACUAAAAUUAGACAUACUUUAAAUAAAAACACAAAUGUGAGGUCGGUAUGAUCUCAGUA